AUGCAACAAGAGGCAGAGCAAGGGACUCAAGCUGCUAGUAGAAAACAGCUAAUUUUGCAAAAGAAAAGAGAGAUUGUUGAUGCAAUGCUGGUUACAAUGCAAGAUGGCAUGUUACCUAAGGGACACAUGAAAAAUUUAUCAAUCCAAUUCAGAGUUCACAAGUCAACAAUCAGUAGAGUUUUCACUGGCAUUAAAAAGCAAAUGGCACAGGGGAAUAUGAUAGAUGUCAGGACUAAAAACUGCUCUGAAGAUUUCACAUGUAACUCUUCACAAUUUGAAGAAAAAGGGGAGGCUCAGACACAUACAUGCAGCAACAAGCCUGCUCUCACAGCAGAUCACAAGGUGGCUAGACUCAAAUGGGUACUGUCACACAUUAACCCAGUCACAGCAAAAGGGGACCCCACUUUUGUUGCAAUGGAUCAAGUCUUACAUAUAGAUGAAAAGUGGUUUUACCUCAAUCCUGACAAGAGAAGAUUUUAUCUCCUGUCAGGUGAGGAAGACCCUUAUAUGGCACAACAGUCAAGAAGAUUCAAACUAAAGGCAAUGUUUAUGGCCUUAAUAGGGAAGCCACUGUAUGACACAAGUGGGGGACUCAUACAUGAUGGGAAGUAUGGCAUAUUCCCAUUCACAGUCAAAGAGUUAGCAAAGAAAUCAAGCAAAAACAGAGCAGCAGGCACAUUGGUAACCAAGGCACUCCAAAAUGUCAACAGAGAUGUUAUAAGGGACAUGCUAUUAACAAAAGUCAUUCCAGCAAUUAAGUCAAAAUGGCUAGAAAGUCUACCCAAAAAUGUCAUCAUUCUAUGGGACAAUGCAAGGCCUCACCAAGUUCCUAAAGAUGCAGAGUUCAUUGCAGCAACCACAUCAAAUGGGUUCAACAUUCAACUGGUCUUCCAACCAGCACAAUCACCUGAUCUAAAUGUGUUGGAUCUAGGGCUAUUUAGGUCAAUGCAGUCCUUGCAAUAUCAAUCCUUCCCUAAGGACCUUGAUGAGCUAGUUGAUAAAGUGCUUGAGUGUUAUAACACAUUCAAGGCCCAAGUGAACAAGUACAUUUGGGUGACUUUUCAAAGAUGCAUGAUUAAAAUUCUCAAGGCACAAGGUGGUAACAAGUACAAAAUACCACACAUGAACAAAAAAAAACUUGAAAAUCUGGGAAUUCUACCAGAUCAAGUGCAAGUGAGAAAGGAAGUUGUGUUGGAUGCUGUGGAAUAUCUAAACAGCAUGUUUAGGCCAGCCAAUCAAGGUACUCAAGGUGCACUAGAAGACAUGGAGGUUGAUGCAGACUAG